UGCUCCAUUCACACACACAGUCUUACCCGCCUUUUCAUUUCCCACCAUGACCCCAUAUCAUCAUCCUCUAUAUAUAAACAAUUUCUGUACGUAUAGGUUAGCUUAGAAGACUAAUGUGAAACAACAACUUUUGCCGUGUUUCCUGUUUUCUUUCUCAAAAUAAACCCAUUUAAUUCAUUUCAAGACUUAUUAAUAUUUUGGGAUAUCUUGUUAUAUGGAGUGAGGUGUUUAAUCAUCAUUAGCAACUGAAGAAUGGAGAAGCAUUAUUUGUUGCUGUUAUUGUUCUUCAUUGUGAUUAUCUCCUCUGUUUCAUCUUGUUCUUCAAGUUCAGAGUAUCAAUCAAAGUUUUUGUUAGGAGAAGAUAACUUGGGUCGUUGGAGAAACUCAGCGGAUGCAAGCGAGACCCCUGGUCCUGCCAAUGGUCCGUCCGGGCCGCUUGUAUUGGCAGGGUCAAGAACUAAGAGGCCUGAUGUUCUUAACCACCUCAAACGGUAUCGAGGUGGAUGGGAUAUUACCAACAAACACUACUGGGCAUCGGUUGCAUUCACAGGUGUUGCUGCGUUUAUUCUUGCAAUAUUAUGGUUUGUAUGCUUCGGUUUGGCUAUGAUUAUCCAUCAUUGUUGCGGAUGGAGAAUAGACAUUAAAGGAAAAGAAUCCCGUGGUUCGCAGAGGAUUUGCUUGAUCUUGCUUAUCGUUUUCACUUGCGCCUCAGCUACCGGCUGCAUACUUCUUUCGGUGGGACAAGAUGAGUUUCAUCGGGAAGCUGUAGACACAUUGAAUUACGUCGUAAACCAAUCCGAUUACACCGUACAAACUCUCGUAAACGUCACGGGCUAUUUGUCACUGGCAAAAACCGUUAGUGUGGCCCAGGUUUUUCUUCCUUCAGAUGUAAAAGACGAUAUUGACAAAUUGAAUGUCGACUUAAACAAUGCUGCUGGUACACUGAGGCAGAAAACACACCUAAACUCACAAAAACUAAGAUUCGUUUUUGAUACUGUGCGGUCAUCUAUGAUUGCUAUCGCCAUACUCAUGCUUCUAGUUUCGAUUUUAGGCCUUUUUCUGUCUAUCCUGGGUCGCAAGAGUACGAUUUACAUAUUCAUUAUCAGUGGUUGGUUACUUGUCGCGGUGACAUUUAUUCUGUGUGGAGUUUUUGUGAUUAUCAACAAUGCAAUAACGGACACUUGUAUGGCGAUGGGACAAUGGGUCGAUAACCCGCAUGCUGAAACAGCCCUUAGCAACAUCCUUCCUUGUGUUGACCAAGGAACCACUAAUGACACUUUGUACAAGAGCAAACUAGUUGUUAAUGAUAUCGCAAAUAUAAUAAAUGGUUUCAUAGGUUCGUUUGCAAAUUCAUACGCAUCUCCUGGUGGGAACUCUAACUACUACAAUCAGUCGGGCCCACUUAUGCCGUACCUUUGUUAUCCGUACGACUCUCAGUUACAUGAGCAAGAAUGCCCUCCCCAGUUGGUUUCAUUGGCAAACGCUUCUGUGGUCUGGCAGAAGUACACUUGCAGUGUCUCAGAAUCAGGAAUUUGCACGACCGCCGGAAGACUAACACCCGACAUGUAUCAGCAACUAGUCGGAGCAGUGAACAUAAGCUACGCCCUUCAACAUUACACACCACCAUUGCUCAGCCUCCAAGACUGCAAUUUUGUACGAGAAACGUUCAGAAUUAUCACCUCUGACCACUGUCCUCCGCUAGAACACCGUCUUCGAAUGGUCAAUGCAGGCUUGGCUCUCGUUUCCGUAGGAGUCAUGCUCAGUCUUGCGCUUUGGAUUAUAUAUGCAAACCGGCCGCAAAGUGAGCAGCAGGCGUUUGCAAAUAGUUCAUCAAGUUUCAAAGGCGGAAGCAAUGGUAAUAUCGCCGUUGAUGUAUCAUCGAAAAAUGAUGAAGUCUGAUAUGUUGGAAAAAUCGAUAUAGAAUAGUUUUAGGUAACAUAGAAUGAUGUUAUAUGGGUUUUGUCGUUUUGACAGACCCUUUCCUGCCAAAUUCAAGAUGGCGCGAAGCGCCGUUUUGGGUUUUGAGCUGGCGUAAUAUGUAUACAACAAAGAGUGAAAUCUAUAGUUGUUCUAAUGUUACUUGUACCAAAUUUUAAAAAUC